GACGCAAGAGUGCUGACUUCCGGCCUAGUCUUAACUGCUUCGGGGUAAUGUGGCGAGCGACGGCAGCGCUGAGAGCAGCUCAACACCAGCCAGGCAUAUGGCAACGGAGCCUAAACAUUCAACAUAAUGCACCCACGAGUGGCAUAUCUGAUAUGCCAACCAAGUUAGAAAAUCCCUAUAAAGAAUCUCCCAAGAGGUGCACUUUGUGCGGUAUAGAAGUGAACUACAAGAAUGUGCAGCUCUUGUCCCAGUUUGUAUCUCCAUAUACAGGCCACAUCUUUGGGAGACAUAUAACAGGCCUGUGUGGAAAUAAGCAAAAACAAGUUGCUAAGGCCAUCAAAAGAGCCCAGCAUAUGGGAUUUAUGCCAGUGACCCAGAAGGACCCAACUUUCAUAAAGGAUCCAAACAUUUGUGAUAUUAAACUUCUAGAAUAACUAGAUACUCAGACUCCCUAUUAUCUGCAACAAUAUUGUGAAGCUUUCCCAUAAAUUAUAUUCUACAGAAUAAUAAAUUAUUUAGUUAUUCAUGUG